UCGUAUAAUCAUAUAGUACAAAUUGUUAUUUUUGCUUCCACCACCUAGGCAUGCUUAGACAAAGUGUCCCUGCGUGAUAGGUAAGACCAUAACACGCACUUUACGUUUAGCAUUCUUAAACCAUGGCUAAAACCGCAUGUCACAGUCACUUGCGAGCAUCAAAUUAUGAAGCACCACAUCAACAUAUGAAGUUAUGCUGCUAUGUUUGAACCACUCAAAAAGAACAAGAAGCCACGAACAAAAUAUGGCGUCCUCGAACCAUUCCUGAGAUGCAAUGCAGCAUUGAUGCAAGCCUUGAGCUGUUGAGCAUGAAGGAAAGCCUAACUAAAAGUUCCUCAAAAACUCAUUAACGAUCAUAUUCCUAUACCACCAACCACGACGACGUUCAUCGAGUAGACUCAAAAUCACGACAUUGUUUUGAUACAUGUCAGAUCAGUACUUAUAAGUUUGAUAUUACACUCGCUAUUAAGAAACUAUCCCUCACUUUUUCUUCGAGAAACUCUCCCAAAUUUCCCACAAACCCUAACUUAGCACCCUAAUUACCCUCCCAAAUUUGGCUCGCUCCUAAUUUCCCCUCCUAAAUUUCUCUGUUCCAUGCUCCUUAGGGGUGACUAUACGGUCCGGUCCGGUUAAAUUGGACCAAAUUGAUCCGGUCCCAGUCCGGUCUUUUCGGGAAUAUAAGGACCAAAGAUUGGAUUGGAUACAGUCCGGUCUUGACCCGGUCCGGUCCAAUUUUAUCUUGAUUUUAGGUGCUGGAGGUCUCUUAUCCGGUCUUUAUCCAGUUUUUUAUCUCAAAUCUAAGCCCGAAUAUGAGAUUGCAUUGUUUGCUAUCCGGUCCCAGUCCGGUCUCAGUCCGGAUUAUACGGUCCGAUUUCGGAUAAAACCAAACAGUCCGGGAUCAAAUAGCUAGCCCUAAUGCUCCUUCAGUUUUUUAUUCCAAUAUAUAUCCCACCAGCCAAAACCCUAGAAUUGAACUCCCCCCCUCUCUCCUUGAAACCUCUUUGUCCUCCCGCUCCUGCGCUUAGAGUUUUGUUUUCCUCAAUACUCGAUCAAAUUCCGAUGCACCCACCUGCCUAUUCACUGUAACUUCAAUACCACCACUAUUUGCCUCAACAUAUUCAUCUUCCCCGCUAACCCGAUCAACAUCCCCGCCGCACCGUGAACCAGAAAUCACGGUGAUCAAAAUCCGCCAUCGAUGAAAAUUUCUCCCUCCAUCCAGCUCUGCCGCCGACUUAACCCAGGCUACUUCCACUGUUCGCUGACCGAUUCUGCUGCUAUUCUUACUUGAUCAACAAAUCAACAAAUUGAGGGUCAAAUUUGGUCGUCCUCUCCAGCUUCUGACUCAAGGCCUUCUUGGAGCCUGCUCUUUCCGUCAUUCACAACCUUAUUCCUUACACGGUCUGUGAUUACAGUAACAUCUAGCGUUGUUGCUCUGCCAGUGGAAUCUUGUUGGUGCUACUUGUAUCCAUUCCAUCCAAUCCUACUCUUCGUUAUGAGUGUCCGUCCUAUGCUGGAAUUGUCGAGGCUUUAGCAAUGCACUGGCGAGGAAGUGUUUACUAGCUGCUACGUUUAGUAGGUCGCCUUUGGUUGUUUUUCUUUGUGAAACCAAGUGUCAGGAUACCAAGGUUAAGAAUCGUUUGCUUGCGUCAUUUAGGAUUUCAGCACUCUAUUAUAGUACGUCCGGUCAGGGGGCAUGGCGGUGACUAAAGUAGUGUGUAUUGUUUGGCGUCAGUGUGAAUCUUUUCUAUUUGUGAAUUGUGUUCAUCGAUCAGGUAGGUUUAUGGAGCUAUGCAGCUCUUCGUCUUUGUUCAUCUUGCUUGUAAUGAAGAUCAGCGGUACCUACCAUUUCCUUCUUCAUAGUGUACUAAAGUCUUCGAUGCAUCAGCUCUAUGUGUGGGCAUCAAAAGGAACCUCCAAUGCUGCCCGACAAAUUCGUGAGCUUCAAGAUGCAAUAGCUACCCGGAGGCUGCCAUGGUGGAUUGGUUUGCCACUAUUACUUUAGAACACGAUCUUUCUAUCGCCUUUUUACAGGAGGAAAUAUAUUGGGAACAGAAGUCGUGGGACCGAAUGAAUACUCAGAUUCUUUCAUCUCAUGACUUUAGGCAGCCUUGAGAGAUGAGAAUGAUGUGUUAGCUAUUGGAUUUUUGUUUACAUCUGAAUGUUCACAGGUAGCGUCUUUUGUGGAAUGCUUACGAUUGCCGGCCGCAACUGGUUACUCCUACUGCAUUGGUAAGAGGUUCUGGUGGGGUCAACAAGAUCGGAGGGAUGGUAUGAAGUGGAAAUCAUGAUCAUGGCGUGCCCUAUGCUGUCACAAGCUUCAAGGUGGACUCGGUUUUCGUGACUUAAACAGCAAUAUACUUUCACUUCUUGCAAAGCAGGCGCUUUUAGGAUCUAGGCUUCUUGCGCUUGGCAUGAUAGAUAGUUUGGAAGGUCGUGAUCUAUUGUUUCUUAGAGGGUAGAGUUGUGGGUUUAUGGCAAUUGGCAGAUUUUGAUCGUAUAAUUUAACUUCAAUGUGGUCCUUGCAUGUAGCUGCUGCAGGUUGGCACUUUAUUUUCUUUGAUGCGGCAGGUCUUGACAAGGCUGCAAUUUUCCGACUCGUAUUCCUUUACUGGCGAAUUUGGAAAUAUGCGGGCAUUGUCUUUCUUCUUCGGACACUGCAGAGGCAGUUUGAUUCACAGGUGGCAGGGUGGUCAACGACACAAUUGGCUUCGUCUUCUUCUCCUUCUCGGUUAGAGCAACUAGCAGGCCAACAGUGCCUCCAGCUAUUCCACUCAAUUUCAUCUUAGUUCACUUUGAUGCUGCUACGAAAGCUUCAGUUGGCGGAGCAAUGGGCUUGUGGGAUACUCAAGAGCUCGUUUUGCAGGAGUUCGCUGCACUACUCCCAUAUAUCAGUGCAUGCUCGGAUUACCGGUAUAUUCUGUGGAGGCUUUUUACAUGCUUUUGUGCUGAAGUGUCGCCAGAUCUAAAGAGUUUGUUUCUCUAUUUCAAUUUUCAGUUCAUGAUUUUGAUCCUUUUAAGGAAAUAAAUCAUGAUAUUGUCCGUGUCGUUAAGGUACCAAGAGCUGCCCAUAUCGUGGCAAAAUAUGUCCUCUCUUUGUUGACCAACACACAUUAUUUUUUUUAAUUUGACCGAUUUCGGUCAUGUACUUAUUCGUAUCUGGCUUAUUCCGUUCCGGAAUAUCUUUGGCAAAAACAUAAAGUUUGAUAUUACAAUCAUUGCAUUAUAGCAUUCAAGGAAGGAAACAACACACGAACAAGGCUUUGAGGAGAAUUGGACAUAAAUACCAGUUGAUAAUUUUACAACAUCAUGGAAGUUUAGACAUUACAAGGGAGCAGGUUCAGGAUAUUAUAGGUCCAUUGGCCGGGUGGUUGGUCAGCCGGACGGCCGUACAGAAGAAGGGAAGACUCCGAUUCCAAGUAAUCAGCUUACUAUAUAUAUGUAAGGUGGAACAAGGACUCACAAUAUCAUAACAACGACGACAACGAAUCUAAAUCUUUACCCAACUAUAUAUAUCUAUAUAUAGGCUGAAAAGAAUAGAACUGAAUACCUGACUGACAGUCUCGUUAACAAAAAAGAAACUAUGAA